GUGCCCAUCUCUAUAAAUACGGCCUGCUAGCUUUGCUCUUGUAUCUGCACACAAGAACUAGCUGCAAAGUCCUCAAGGCGAACGGCCUCCAUCUUCUCCUUCCAGCUCCUCCCAUGGCGUCCCUCGUCGCCAUCGCCAUCGCCAUGGCUCUCAUGGUGGUUCAACCUGGCCGGCAGAUGACUGCCUUUGCUGCUCGGACGUCGCCGGCGGCGGCGGCGGAGGCGUUCUGGCGUGCCGCCAUGCCCGGCGCUCCCAUGCCGGACGCCAUCGUCGAGCUCCUCCACCAUGAGCACGGCGUUGCUAGCGCCGGCGGCAAGGCCAACGGCGGCGGCGACGGUCCACCGCCGCCGAUGAACUUCAACUACGACGACUACAGGGCCCUGCCUCGGAGCGACGCCCCUUCCCCGGAUGCAUUGAACCGCGUCGCCGCCGUACAGAACGCCGACGAGAACGGCGUGUCCUCGCCGCCGCCGCCGCCGCCGACGGUGUUCUUCCUCGAGGACGCCGUGCGCGUCGGCGAGAGCCUGCCCCUACCGCGACCGGCGGCCGACGCAACCGCCGCCGGCGCAGCGGCGGCCACGGCGUUGCCGCCGCUGCGGCUGUACACCGUCCGGUCGGUGAGGGCAAUCGAGGGGUCCAGCUUCGUCGUGUGCCGCGGCGAGACCACGGCGGGCGCCGGCGUGUACGGGUGCCGCGAUGCCGCCACCGGCCCGGCGAGGGCGUACGCGGUGGACGCGGCCGGCGGCGGCGGCGGGGACGCGGUGAUCGCCGCCGUCGUGUGCCACGCCGACACGUCCCGCUGGGACCCGGACCACGCCGCGUUCCGGCUGCUCGGCGUCAGGCCCGGCGGCGCCGCCGUCUGCCGCGCCGUCGCCGACGCGCACAUCCUCCCGACGAACAAGGAUUGAGUACUUCUCGCCAUGAUCGAGGACUCCUCGAUCGAUCUUAAUCUUAUUGCCAUGCAUAAUUAGUGUGUUAAUUACGUGCUUAAUUGUAUGUGUGAAGUGUGCAUUAGUCACAGUUUGUAAUGUAAUAAUGUUUCGCUUGUUCGACUGUAUGAUCUCGAGUUGGGUGAUAUAUACGUUGAUAAAAUAAAGGAAAAAGUUUGUGUUGGUUCAUAUG